UGUUUCUCGUCGGUCUUGCGACUGUCUUGCUUCCAAGACUGGAGAAGAAAGGAUGAACUCUCAAUCGCCUACUUUCACGCAGUCGCUCAUGGCGGGGGGACUGGCAGGAACGUCGGUGGACCUUCUAUUCUACCCUAUAGACACUCUCAAGACCCGUUUACAGUCCGCCCAGGGAUUCUCGAAAGCAGGGGGGCUAAGCGGGAUUUACAAGGGCGUGGGAAGUGUGAUUGUUGGGAGCGCUCCAGGAGCCGCUGCUUUUUUCGCAACAUAUGAUACCCUUAAGCGGACCCUUCCCAUCCAAGGAGACCUAGCUCCCCUAAACCAUAUGGUGUCUGCAUCUAUGGGAGAAGUCGCUGCUUGUCUAAUCCGAGUACCAACCGAAGUCAUCAAGACGCGUGCACAGACUUCGACAUAUGGACCCCUAGCCGAUUCUUCCCUGGCUGCCGCUCGAUUGUUGUGGAGGGCUGAGGGUCUGAGUGGAUUCUACAGAGGGUUUUCUAUCACCGUGAUGCGCGAGAUUCCGUUUACAUCGCUCCAAUUCCCCAUGUACGAGAUGUUCAAGCAUCGCCUCUCCCUAUUCCUGUACCAAAAGCCCGGGCAACUACACGCCUACGAAGCCGCGGCAUGUGGAAGCGUAGCUGGUGGCAUCGCCGCAGCGCUCACAACCCCACUCGAUGUUCUCAAAACUCGAGUCAUGUUAGACUUGCGAGACCCCAAGCAUUCCACAUAUCCCUCUCCUCUGUCCAGAUUGCAACAGAUAUAUGCCGUGAACGGCCUACGAGCUCUUUUCGCCGGCGUAGUUCCAAGGACGCUGUGGAUCUCCGCGGGCGGCGCAGUCUUCCUUGGGGUCUACGAAUGGACAAUCGGUACACUGUACCCUUCUAGACGAGAAACGUGAUAUCUCCACCAUGCUCGGCCCCUCCGCCGCGGCUUUCUGCUCUGGAUGACUAUCAGCGAUCGCGUUUCUGUUUCACAGGUGAGACAAUAUAUCUCGUCUG